GUACCAGAGCCAGCCGCCAGGCGUCGCCGUACCAAAACUUCUCUCGUCCAUAAAAUGAAUUAAAAAUCUUCCCAAUCACUCGUAAAAUCACCCCAAAUACCAUAGGCCUCCUAUAAAACAGUUCGAUUUCCAUUUAAUACAUCAACAACAGUGAACUUUUGUGUGAUAACAACGAAAAUAGUGUUGGAAAGUUCCAAUUGUCGGGGUGGGGAUGCAGAUCCGCCAUGUUGUGAUCGGUGUUGUUAUGUGUUGAAAUCGUGUUGGGUUUUCUCGACGACGUAACGAUGGAGGAGACGAAGGUGAUUUAUCACAUAGACGACGAGGAUACGCCGUAUUUAGUCAAAAUACCGAUAUCGCCGGACAAGGUGACGCUGUUGGACUUUAAGAAUGUGCUCAACAGACCCAACUACAAGUUCUUCUUCAAGUCUAUGGACGAUGACUUCGGUGUUGUAAAAGAAGAAAUUGUUGAAGAUUCGGCACAUUUACCAUGUUUCAACGGACGCGUUGUCGGAUGGUUGGUUUCUGCGGACGGUUCGAAUCAAUCGGACGGAGGAUCUCAAUGCACGGACAGCGUGACUCACCAAUCGGAACCCCGUUUGCCGCCCCAAGCGCCCGAAUCCGUUUGCACGGACACGGAGAGCAUUAUCAGCUCGCGACAGGGACGUCGCCACCACAAAUACUCCUCGAGGAUCAACGGACAUUUACCUAGAGUAUACGAGACUGCUUCCAUAGUCAGCUCCGAUUUGGAAACGACCAGUUUCCAGUCGGAGACAACCGGAAGACACACCGCACUGUCCGAGUGCUCCAGCGUCAGCAGGUUGCACGUGGCGGGCAGGAAACGACCGCAACGACGGCGAAAGCAACGCAUACAGGCUAUGUCGAGGACCAGUUCGUACAGCAGCAUCACGGAUUCGACGAUGUCAUUGAAUAUCAUAACGGUGACGCUGAACAUGGACACCGUGAACUUCUUGGGCAUUUCGAUUGUGGGACAAAGCAAUAAAGGGGGGGACGGUGGUAUUUACGUCGGCUCCAUCAUGAAAGGUGGGGCUGUUGCGUUGGACGGAAGGAUAGAACCAGGUGACAUGAUACUACAAGUAAACGAUGUCAAUUUUGAAAACAUGAGCAACGACGAAGCCGUCAAAGUUCUAAGGGAAGUUGUGCAAAAACCGGGACCUAUCAAAUUGGUGGUGGCCAAAUGUUGGGAUCCAAAUCCUAAGGGUUACUUUACGAUACCUAGGACAGAACCAGUCAGACCAAUUGAUCCAGGGGCAUGGGUGGCACACACGGCGGCAGUGCGAGGCGACCCGGUCGCCCGACCGCCCAGCUCGUCGACGGUGUCCUCGACCUCGAUAGCCAGCACCAUCCCGGCCAAUGAACGUGAGUGUCUACUAGGUCCUGGUUCCUCCGUUUCAGACAUCGACGAACCGCUGUCGGUCAACUCGCCGAUGUCGCAGAUCGUGCAGGCGAUGCAGCGGCCGGACAGUGGACUGGAGAUCCGCGACCGGAUGUGGCUCAAGAUCACGAUACCUAACGCGUUUAUCGGCACCGACAUGAUCGACUGGCUGCUCGCGCACGUCGAGGGCUUCCAGGAGCGGAGGGAUGCGAGGAAGUACGCGUCGCAUUUGCUCAAGGCCGGAUUCAUCCGGCACACCGUCAAUAAGAUCACCUUCUCCGAACAGUGUUACUACAUAUUCGGGGAUUUGUGUUCAGCCAUGAACAACCUGAAAAUCCAGUCGGACACCGAUUCGGUCGGUCCACUGCCAAACGUACCCAACUACAUGCCGUACAGCGGCACCUACAACCCCAUGGAAUACAUGCCCAUGCCGUUCUACAGCGAAACCACCGUUUACGGCUACAACAAGGAGGAAUCUGUUUUAAGCGGCAGCGGUGGCUCGUCGAACGGUUCGGAUCACAUGAAGGACGCGGCCGCCGGCCACUCGAGCGCCUCCGACAGCGACCUGACGUCGCUCGGGCCGCGUUCGGGCGGCGGCGUACCACUGCCGACCGGCAACGGGAACGGCUCGUCGAACGGCAGCGACCAGAGCAGCGGCACGCAGGUCGCCGCCCAAUCGAAGGACCUCGCCGGUAGUAGACAGUCGUUCAAAAUCGCCAUGGGCAAUCCGUGCGAGAUGUUUGUCGAUGUCAUGUAGAAGUUGUUUUUGAUUUUAUUUUCAUUUUUUUUAUUUUUGGUUUACUGUGUGCGUGUGUGUGGCACCUAGUUGUUGUUGUUGUUGUAUGUUUGUUGGGUACGUGCCAUAAUUUCCGUCAAGUUAGUCUUGCCCCCCCUUAUUUUUCCAUUUUUUUUAAAUUAUUGUACUAUUUUUAGUAUUUUUAUAAAACAAGUUGCUUUAAAUCAUUAUUAUAGUUACUUUAGUAUAGUUUUUAUAUAAUGUACAUAUUAUAUAUUAUUAAAUUUUAUUAUAAUGUAUGUAUAAAACGAAAUAACGCAUGUGCAUGCCCAAAAAAAUAAAACACAUUUAUCUGUUAAUUUCCGUUUUUUUUUAUUUAUCAUUUAUAAUUAUUACUAAUUAAUUUUGAUUUCAGUUUUAAGUUACCUUUAAACGAGUUUUACACACCCCCAAGGUAAGUCCAUCACCUGCCACACCCUUCUUUGUUAAAUAUUAUUUCUUCAUUUUCACACACAUUGCAUGCAUGCCCCACACCAAUGACCAAUUCGUCCAUUGACAUCAGCUUUUUUUGACGUUUUAGAUCAAGGAGUGGUGAGUUACCAGUUCACCCAAACCUAAACCACCGACAACAGGACACAACGUAUACUGUAAUUUUUUAAUCGCUUUGUAUAAAUUUUAAUGUUGUACAGUUUUCCGGGCAGGUCACACCUUAUUUUUUCGUUUAAGUUUUCGAUCUCUUGCGUUCUUAUUUUUUCGUAUUUCUGUGAUAUUUCCCCCCAUUGGUGACCUGCCGGGAAAGUUAUUUUCUAUGAUUAGGAAAGCCUCGUUUCGUGUUUAAUGUUAUCACAAUGUAAUUAUUAUUAUUUUAUACAUAUAAAAAAAGAGACAAGUAUUAAUUACACUGCCAUAUAAUUAUAUUGAAUUCUAGGUGCUUGAGUUUGGUGUAUUUUGUGUUGCUUUGUGUUUUAAUUUCCAUUUGAUUUCGGAUCACAGACCGAAAGGACAAUAAAUAUUGUUUGAUUUUUGCCAGUCUGCGAUUUGGGAUCGACAAUUUGGCGAAUUUAUCAGGGUAAUAACUUUGUUAAGGAAGUGUAACGACCGUAUAUACGUAUUAGAUUUAACAGUUAAUCGUUUUCUUCAAGUUACUACCCGAAGUGCGUAAACAUAAAAAAAUAAUAAUAAUGAUAGAAAUUUUUAUAUUGUAAAUACGUAUUUUUAGUGAUGGAAAAUCGAUGCUAUAACAGGGUAUGUUAUGUUAUGCAUUCAAUAUAGUCGAUUAUCGAUUUUUUAUACUAGUUUAUUUUUGUUUUAUCGUUUCGCCGAUUUUGUGGACAUACAGGGACGAAAAAAAUGUAACCAAAUUUUUUGUGAAAAACAUUAAUCGAAAUAAAACUUAUGUGGAAA